AGACUCGCUAGCCAGUUACAGCUAGCUGAGCAAGAUGGAUGUGUGUUGUGUGUGUGUGUGUGUGUGUGUGUGUGCUUGUCCGUAAGUGUAUGGGCUAAUAGCGCCCUCUGCUGUUAUUGAACCGCAUGCACAGCCACAGCACAAAAUUGAGCAGCAUCUGCCAGUCUGAUCACAUCUGGGGAUUGUGACAACUGGCAAGCAGAACAUUGUCCCAAUUAGGCUGACUGUGCACGACUGCAAGUGUGUGUGUGUGUGUGUGUGUGUGUGUGUGAAAGCAGAGACAGAGAGAGGGAGAGAGAAAGAGAGGGAGCUGGGAUGAAUUGAGAUAGAGGGAGGGAUCAGCUAUAUUGACAAAUAAGAUUCAGCCGACAGUUGUUUUUACGCUGCACAAUUUGGCCUUAUAUUCUCUAACAAAAACACACCAUAGCCGAUAUUUUUUUUUUAUAUCAGAGGCAUCAAAUGACAAGAAACUGGGUCCAUUAAAUAAUUUUAGUUUUUAUUUAUCCUCAUUUUCAUUGGCUUAUUACUGUGUGGAGGCAGUCGGUGUGUGCUCUGUACUUACGCAACAGAGAGCUUCACUCGGCAACGGGUUCGCGAGGCAGGGGACGAAAUUAAAGCAGGCAUUUUUUAUAUUCCAUUUUUGUCUAAUCCCACUGAUUUCUGAAGGGAUUACCGGACCAAUCAUGAUUGAGAGGCCGCUGGCUCGCUUGGACCGGGAGCUGUGUAUACAGUGAGUGGCAGCACUGCACGAGGAUCUGGAGCAACAUUGGGGAAUGUUAUUUGGUUUCCUUUUUCUAUCCGGAGGGGAAAGUUGCUCCGUCUUCUUGCUCCUGUUGGCGACCGACCUGAUGAUGAUGCGCGCUGCGAAUGUAUCUGCACGGUUUGGCGCAGGUUUUUUUUUAAGAAUGAAUGGCAACUUAGCCACAUUUGUGCAGUUGCACCUGGAUUUAUGUUAACUUUCUUGUGAUGGUCCUCGCUGGAAUUGUGUUUUAAAGGGACACCAUCUUCGCUAAAUAUACAGGAUCCCUCUGGACUUUGCUGUGCAUGAGCAGCCAAUGGAGGAAGAGAAGGUGGUUGAUAAUAUCCAAGCACAAUCCAGCUCCCCUAUACCUGCCGGGCUUCCCAUUAAUUGGGGACUCAUCACUGGCCCUGUCCAGCCUGUCUUCCCAGCACCCUCUUUGAGCACCCAGCUUCCUCCUCCACAGAGUUCGGCCGUGCACGCACUACAAACCAAGGUGAAGACACUCACACAGAGAAGGACAAGAGGGAGAGACAGGGAGAAAGAAAGAGAAAGGUUGGACACGCAGGUCUUAGUGAGCAGUCCAGUUGGGCAGAUUUCAUCCGAAGUCCAUCUCAGACAGAGGCCCAGAGGAAAGAGUCAGGGAUCUCAUCCUGCCAACUCCUGGCGAUCAGGCGCUGCGAAGGUCUUGAGCAGCAGUGAUGAAGAGGAGGAGGUUGAGGUGCAGGUCAGGUUGGAGAUCCACAGCCCUCCAGCUGAAGCACGAAGAGACCAAGUGUUCCAAGGGGGAGAGAAAACUGAAGAAGAGAAGUCAGAAAGAAGUGAGAUUCAGCCUUGUGUGCUGAGAGAGGGUACCAGUCUGGAGAGUCUUCUGUCUGAUAACUCAAGCAGCAGUAAGGAUGAACCGUCGCCUCCUCCUCCUCUACCCGUGUUCUCCUGCACUCCUGUCACCACCCCUGCCUCUACAGCACCCUCCAAUUCGUCCUCCACGUCUUCCACAACAACCAGACACUGGGCACCACCCAAGGGCUUCUGGAGAGUGGCACGCCCUGAAACAUUGCUUCUAAAUGGUGUCGGCCCUGACAACAUACCCUCCACUUUAACUGUUAAGGACUAUACUCAGAUAGAAGCGCUGGCAGGGCCUCAGAGGAAGCCUAAAGCAGCCGAAAUAGUCGCCAGGAGCGAUACGGUGGAUGACAGCGAUGCGUCCUCAGAAUUCAAACACUCGGACAGCGUGGAGUGCUACCUGGACCGGUGUGAGCAGAAGGAGGCAGAGAGCAAAGGACUGUGCAGUUCAGACAGCUGGGACAGCAUGUCUUCACAAAGCGGGGUACUCUCUGCUGAUGAGAAAGUGAAGGUGAAGCAGAGGGCCUACGCAAAGUUAAGGGAAAGACAACAUAACUACAGGGAGGAGAGAGAGGAGAGUGGAGGAGAAAGUGCCAACUAUUAUGAAGACACAAGAGUGGAUUGUAAAGGUGCCCAUGGGGUUUCGGACAGCUCAGACUCUGCCAUCAUUGCUCAGGAACUUGAACCCUAUUUGAGGUCACUGCUUGUAAUCAGUGAUGAGCUUCCUCUGAGCCCAAGACAUGAACAAGCCAAGCUUCUCCUGGAGCGUGCACGACUCAAGGCUCGCUCCAAUCACAUUAAAGGCGAUCGCCCCUGCAGACGCUCCCACUCUGAUCAGAGAUCCACCGUAAAGAAGCAUCAAGUUGAGCCUCCCCUCCCAACUACAGUGCAGAAAGAUGUUCAAACCAAAGAAGAUCUUACAGCUCAAACUGUAUCUGGACCCCUACUCGUCCCCACCCAAAGAGACACUUCUCCUGGGGAGCAAGGUUGCCGAUCCAGGCGGUAUGGUUGUUCACCCACACGGGUACGCUUCGAGGAUGAAUCAGAGAAAGAAGCAGAGUCUCGGUACUUGGAUCGAGUAAGACAGCGUGGCAGGCCUGGGAUGCCCAAGUCCAAGAGUAAAGAAAGUAACACAGAUUCUAGCAGUAGUGGUUCAGAGAGGAGCAGAAGCCAUCGAAGUAUCUCAACACCACCUUCACAGAAGCAAGAAGACGUGGUUGUCAUUAGUGAACCCACAACAGUGAUUAAAGAGAUAAUAGUGCUGGUGAAGAAAUGUGAGUCAUGUGGCUCUGUAGUCAGGGAACCUCAGCCGGUCUCAUCGCCGUCAGAUCCACAGAACACUGAGCCGCAGCAUCCGGGCAACCCUGAGGACCCACGGGGGAAAGCUGUUCCUCAGUGGGUGCCUCCUAACAAGCCAGAGGCAAGUACCCGUCCAAAAGCUCCUCUAACUGUCACUUUUGCUGGAGCCUUCGUGCUGGGGGAAAAUAAAGAGAGUAGCACAGGGUGGAAAUCAUCAGGGUUUGGGAAACUUCGGAGAAGGAGCAGGAAAGGAGAGAGUAGGCUGGAGUCCGGCCAUGGCCCUUACGGUCCAUCGUGGGCUCAACGGCGUAACUCAAAUCCCAGGAACAGGGUCAACUUGAGCAGAGCUGUUUCGUUUGCUCCAGGUAGCCCUAUCGCUCUUGAACCCAGUUUGCCAGAGGCAUCUGGUGGACUAAGGGAAUCACCCGCCCCAGCGCUUCCUAUAAAAUCAGCCCUAAAGUCAAGUUCAAGAAAUCGCUCUGCCGCAGGCCAGUCCUCAGUUCAGUUCCAGAUGAGCUCAAAUCAGGGAGGAGAGGGAGGAUCCCCGCACUCAGCCCUCCAGGACUCUCCGGAGGCAAGAAGGGAGUCUCCAGUGGCUUUAACCCAAGGGACUCCUGCAACAAGCAACCCAGUGCCCUGUAUCAGGCCCUCCACCCUGAGGUACUCUCCAGCCCGGCUCACCACUGACCUGCCAGCUGCUGAACUCUGGGAUGCCACUCCAGAUGGAACAGGUCUGAGUGGAGACCUUGGUUCUGGCCCCGAGUGCCGUCCUGCUCUGCGCGGCCUGGGUAUGUCUCGGGCUGAGGACCUCAGAGCAGAGCUUUUGAGAGCAGAACAUCUGAAAGCUGAGGCCAUAUGGGAGGAAAACUCUGACGGGUCCAGAAAGCUGGAUGGACGGCCAAAGCUCUUCCUGCGUCGUUUCUUUUCCUCCAUUGGUCUGAACAGUGUUGGUAGACUAGUGAAAGGAGGCCGCUCCAGCAGCAUGGAACAGCUCAGUAUACCCACUCCCCCCCGGGUCAGCUCUGCUUCCCCAAGCCCCACACGCAGACCACAGCCCACCAUCCGCAUACAGAGGACACCCUCACUGCAAACCCUGAACACAGUGCUGCCACUGGCCCAACUGCGCAAAGCCUCCUCUGUGCAGAGUUUAGAGAGAAGAACAGAGCGUUCAACAAUACUGGGAGAGGUGCACAUACCAUAUGGCCUGGCGCCCAGCCCUGAUAGCCCUCGGCUUGAGCUUCACAGAGCCCUGAGUGAAGAAGUACUUGCCUCCAGAGUCGUGCGUCCAGUGGGCCGGGUCACCCAGGCUUUCCCAGAUGGAUCUCUCGUCCUGGAGCUCGUCAGACCCCCAAACGGUCCCUUUGGUUUUGUCAUCUCAAGGGGCAAAGGUCGACCAGACACAGGUGUAUAUGUAGAGAAAGUGGGUGAUGGCAGUACUGAAGGCCCCUACACAGGUCUGCUUGGCAUCGGUGAUGAAAUUCUACAGGUGAAUGGAGAGGCCGUGGCUGGCCUCAGUUUGGACCAGGUGACGCGGCUCAUGACCCGGGAAAGCACAGCUUCUCUGCGGAUCAUGCCGGCCCGACGCAACCAGCGCUGACUGGGAAGAUAGGCAUGGCACAGAGCCAUUUCUAGAUCAUAAUUCACCACGGCAAACACAACUGAUGGAUGGUAACCUGUGGUAGAUGUGAAAUAGUCAGUGUAUAUUUCAGUGCAGUUUCACAAAUUUAAAAUGGCUGUGUGGGAUAACAGGGUUAGAGGUUCAUUUCCUAUUAGUGCAAACUGAUGUUAGGGACUUGGAUUACAACAACUAAUCAAUAGAAUAACCAAAUGACAAAUGUAGAACCAAACAAAUCCAGCAUAGACAACUUUUCUAGCUCAAAACUGGAUUAUAUAUUGUGAUUUUAAUACAAAGUUAGGACUAGAAAUACUGAUUCAAAUCCAGCACGACUUGUUUAUGUGCAUAUGUUUGUUUUUUAUCGUCGCACAGAAUUUUAACCCCAUCUAUUUUAGAACUAUUUACAAACUCUCUCCACAAUAAAAAGGGAUGACUGCAUUUAUUUUGACUUUAGUAUUUGUGACAAUAACUCAUGUUCGAAUUGUGAUAUAUUUUGCUGUUAGAAGCAUGCACACAGUAGAGCGUAUGACACCCUAAAUGCUUAAUGAGUGCACCCUAUUCUGUCACAGGUUUAACGUGUUCCACAGAUCUGUUCCCAUUAAUCUUGAUUAUUUUAGAUGAUUGACGUGUGUAAGGAUGCAUGUGCCACAAAUGUCAUCUUGGCCCAUGAGACCCUCAGACUAAAGAGCUAUCUUCACAAGCACAAAAGACAUUAAAAAAAAAGCUGCCCUCCACUGGAUUGCAACUGCAUGGUAAAUUAUAUCUAAACCAAAAAGCAAUUAAUUAUCUCUCUCUAUUUUCCUUCAGUGGGUCAUAUUUCCCUGGUGCUCUGCAAGAUCCCUCCAUUUUACUUGUGCUGUAUCAGCUAUUGCUUCAUGAGAUUGAUGUUUCUAAAAUAAAAAUGUUUUAUUUAGUCAAA